AUGGGAAGUUUGAGUGAAGAGGAGUACCGAUUUUUCGAUGCCUUUGAAGACAUUGCAUCAAUUUCUGAUGCAAAGUCUGAUAGCUUUGAGAUAUUUGAUUCUCGUUCUAGUUUUGAUAACUCCAUUACAAGUAGUCCUCAUUAUGAAUUGUGGAUUAAGAGCCCUAGAAGUGUUCAAGAGCGGCGGAGUAAAUUCUUUGAUUGGAUGGGAGUAGGUUUAGAUCAAAAUGGAAAUAGGAAUUUAGAAGCAUGUAGCUUGGAAGGAGAGACUGAUAGAAUUAGAGAAAGCAGUGGGGCUGUGUUGAGAAAAUCAUGUCUUGAAGGUGAAUUUUGUUCUACUCGGUCUAUGAUGUCGUGUUGGUCUAAUGGUGAAUCUAAUUUGUUGGCGGAGUGCAGUUCGAUGGACAAUUUUGUUUGCAGAGAUGGAGUUUCAGGUGGGGGAAUGAUGUGCAAUGUAGAUGAAGUGGGGCAAGAUGUAAGAGCAAAUGAAGGUUGUGAAGGGGGCUCAGAACAGUCAGUAACAGCAGAAGAAUCUGAGAACAUUUUUGACUCAUCUCCGUCAUUUCAACAACUUAUGCAGAAUGAAGUUGGGGAACCAAAUACUUUAGUGGAUACUCCAAGGAGACUUAAGAAAGGAUGGUUAAGUAGAAUACGUUCCAUAUCAUGCAUUGUGGAUAGGCAACGGGAAGAUGACAAAUUGAGACCUGAUGAUGAUGGUGCACUUCUGGGGUACAGGGUACAAAGAGUCAAGGCUCGCCGAUGUGGGAAGCGAACAAAGGAGCUUUCAGCUCUAUAUAAAGGGCAAGAUAUCCAGGCCCAUGAGGGUUCAAUCUUGACCAUGAAGUUUAGUCCUGAUGGGCAGCACCUUGCAAGUGCUGGUGAGGAUGGGGUUGUGCGUGUGUGGCAAGUACUGGAGGGUGAGAGAUCAUAUGAACUUGACAUUCCAGAAAUAGAUCCAUCCUGCAUAUACUUCACAGUGAACCAUCUAUCUGAGUUGAAACCCCUCAUUGUUGAUAAAGAGAAGACAGCUAAAACGAGGAGCAUGAGGAAAACAUCUGAUUCUGCAUGUGUCAUUUUCCCUCCGAAAAUUUUCCGGAUUUCGGAGAAACCAUUGCAUGAGUUCCAUGGGCACAAUGGAGAGAUCUUGGAUCUCUCAUGGUCCAAAAAUAAUCAUUUACUAUCAGCUUCAGUGGAUAAAACAGUCCGUCUAUGGCAAGUGGGACGUGACUGUUGCUGCAGAGUCUUCUCACAUAGCAAUUAUGUAACCUGUGUUCAGUUUAACCCUGUGGAUGAUAACCACUUCAUGAGUGGUUCAAUAGAUGGAAAAGUUCGCAUAUGGGCAGUUUCUAGUUGCCAAGUUGUUGAUUGGACUGAUAUAAAAGAUAUAGUUACUGCAGUGUGCUAUCGUCCAGACGGGCAGGGAGGGAUUGUUGGCUCUAUGACAGGCAACUGUCGCUUUUAUAAUAUGUCAGACAGUCAAUUGCAACUUGAUGCUCCGAUCAGCUUACUUGGUAAAAAGAAGUCACCUUGCAAAAGAAUAACUGGCUUCCAGUUUUCCCCACAAGACUCGACCAAAGUAAUGGUGACUUGUGCUGAUUCACAAGUCAGAAUUCUUCAAGGACGUGAUGUGAUAGGCAAAUAUAAAGGCAAUGCAGCAAACCAGAUAUCUGCAUCUUUUACUUGGGAUGGAAAGCAUAUUAUCUCGGCUUGUGAGGAUUCCAAUGUACAUUUGUGGAAUUACAUUGAUCAGGAACCUCGAUCAAAAAUCUCAAGGUCUUAUGAGCAUUUCUCUGCCAAUGCGUCUGUUGCUAUACCUUGGUGUGGGUUGAAAUGUCGGAGCUCAGAGAAUGGAUGGGGAUUUCGUGUCUCAGACUAUAAUUCACAGGAAGUUCUGCCUCUUUCUUCUCCGGCUAGUUUCUCUCUGAGUCAAGAAUAUCUAGAGUUUUUUCCCAAGGGCUCUGCCACUUGGCCAGAGGAAAAGCUUCCUUCGAGCCCAUUAUCUAUGUCACCAGCAAUGCACAAAUCCCAGUACAAGUUUCUGAAAACUUCAUGCCAGAGCGCAGGCAGUUCUCAUGCAUGGGGGCUAGUCAUCGUGACUGCAGGGUGGGAUGGAAGAAUAAAAUCAUUCCACAAUUAUGGGUUACCGGUUGCUGAUUGA